CAUCCGCGAUCUUGUGGGAAGCAAGGUGGCCUCCACGUUCCCUGAGCGUCUUCUCCGCUUCUGCCUCGACCGCCCCUUGAUCACAGACAUGUCUCGGGACCGGUUCCGGAGCCGUGGCGGUGGCGGUGGCGGUGGCGGCUUCCACCCGCGCGGAGGAGACGGCGGCCGCGGCGGCCUCCACGACUUCCGCUUCCCGCCACCCGGCAUGGGCCUCAAUCAGAACCGCGGACCCAUGGGGCCCGGGCCGGGCCAGGGUGGCCCCAAGCCCCCGAUCCCGCCACCGCCUCCGCAUCAGCAACAGCAGCAGCCACCGUCGCAGCAGCCGCCACCACAGCAGCCGCCGCCCCUUCAGCCGCCACCGCAUCAGCCGCCGCAUCAGCCGCCGCCGCCGCCGCCACAGGACUCGUUCAAGCCCGUCGUUCCUCAGGGACCGCGCCCGGCUCCCGGAGUGGGCAGCGCUCUGCCGGCCUCCGGCUCGGCACCGCCUGCCACUCCUCCGACCUCCGGGGCCCCUACGGGGCCGAGCCCCACCCCGACCCCGCCGCCCGCUGUCACCUCGGCGCCCCCCGGGGCGCCCCCGCCGGCGCCGCCGAGCAGCGGGGUGCCCACCACCUCGCCUCAGACCGGGGGCCCGCCGCCUCCACCCACAGGGGGCCCGGGCCCCAGGCCUAAGCAGGGCCCAGGGCCCGGAGGCCCGAAAGGCGGCAAAAUGCCAGGCGGGCCAAAGCCCGGCGGUGGUCCGGGCCUAAGCACUCGCGGCCACCCCAAGCCGCCGCACCAAGGCGGCGGGGAGCCCCGCGGUGGUCCGCAGCACCACCCGCCCUACCACCAGCAGCAUCACCAGGGGCCCCAGCCUGGCGGGCCAGGCGGCCGCAGCGAGGAGAAGAUCUCCGACUCAGAGGGAUUUAAAGCCAACUUGUCUCUCUUGAGGAGGCCUGGAGAGAAAACUUACACUCAGCGUUGUUGGUUGUUUGUUGGGAAUCUACCUGCUGAUAUCACAGAGGAUGAAUUUAAAAGACUUUUCGCUAAAUACGGAGAACCAGGAGAAGUUUUUAUCAAUAAAGGCAAAGGAUUUGGUUUUAUUAAACUUGAAUCUAGGGCAUUGGCUGAAAUUGCCAAAGCUAAACUUGAUGAUACACCCAUGAGAGGUAGACAGCUUCGGGUUCGUUUUGCCACACAUGCUGCCGCUCUCUCUGUUCGAAAUCUUUCACCUUACGUUUCCAAUGAACUGUUGGAAGAAGCCUUUAGCCAAUUUGGUCCUAUUGAAAGGGCUGUUGCAAUUGUGGAUGAUCGUGGGAGAUCUACAGGGAAAGGCAUUGUUGAAUUUGCAUCUAAACCAGCAGCAAGAAAAGCCUUUGAAAGAUGCAGUGAAGGUGUUUUCUUACUGACAACAACUCCUCGUCCAGUCAUUGUGGAACCACUUGAACAAUUAGAUGAUGAAGAUGGCCUUCCUGAAAAACUUGCACAGAAGAAUCCAAUGUAUCAAAAGGAGAGAGAAACGCCUCCUCGUUUUGCCCAACAUGGCACAUUUGAGUAUGAAUAUUCUCAGCGAUGGAAAUCCCUGGAUGAAAUGGGAAAACAGCAAAGGGAACAAGUUGAAAAAAAUAUGAAAGAUGCAAAAGACAAAUUGGAAAGUGAAAUGGAAGAUGCCUAUCAUGAGCAUCAGGCAUAUCUUUUGCAUCAAGAUCUGAUGAGACGCCAGGAAGAAUUAAGACGCAUGGAAGAACUUCACAAUCAAGAAAUGCAGUAACGUAAAGAAAUGCAAUUAAGGCAAGAAGAAGAACGACGUAGAAGGGAAGAAGAGAUGAUGAUUCGUCAGUGUGAAAUGGAAGAACAAAUGAGACGCCAAAGAAAGGAAAGUUAUAGCUGGAUGGGCUACAUGGAUCCAAGAGAAAGAGACAUGAGAAUGGGUGGUGGAGAAGCAAUGAACAUGGGAGAUCCCUAUGGUUCAGGAGGCCAGAAAUUUCCACCUGUAGGUGGUGGAGGUGGCAUAGGUUAUGAAGCUAAUCCUGGAUUCCCACCAGCAACCAUGAGUGGUUCCAUGAUGGGAAGCGACAUGCCUACUGAGCGCUUUGGGCAGGGAGGUGCGGGACCUGUGGGUGGACAGGGUCCUGGAGGAAUGGGGCCUGGAACUCCAGCAGGAUAUGGUAGAGGGAGAGAAGAGUAUGAAGGCCCAAACAAAAAGCCCCGAUUUUAGAUGUGAUACCUAGGUUUUCAUUCCAGUUUGUUUUUGUCUUUUCUUGUUUAGAUACCAAUCUUUUAAUUUCUUGCAUUUUAGUAAGAAAGCUACCUUUUUAUGGAUGUUAGCAGUUUAUUGACCUAAUAUUUGUAAGUGGUCUGUUUGGGCAGGUAAAAUUAUGUAAUGCAGUGUUUCAAAUGGGAAUUUUUUUUUCUUUUUAUUUCCUUUUUUUUUUUAAACUGUAUAAUGUCCCUCAAGUUAUGGCAGUGUACCUUGUGCCACUGAAUUUCCAAAGUGUACCAAUUUUUUUUUUUUUACUGU